AUCUUCGCUGCGCCUCACCGAAAGAGAUCUCGAUAGCCCUUUUAAGGUAUGUUGGUAGGUGUAUGGGGUGGUCAGCCUUACUGUCCAUCUACACACCAUGCAGUACAGAUAAGAUAAAUUCCCGGGCACGGAAUAACAAAAAUAGUAGUAGCGUUGGCGACGACACGUUCAACCCAGCACCAACUCGACAUGCCUACAUAGGAUGGCGGCAGGACGGAGCAUGUUGGCAUAGGCAUACCUACCUACUACCUAUUGCUACCUACCACCUCCCCAGUCACAGGGCAUGUAACUUGCAGGGCACACAUACCAUACCUACAGGUAAGCGUGGAGAAGGUAAGCAAUCCGGUAGGCAACCUGCCAUUCCGCAAAGAAGAAGGACCGGAGAAGACAGGAUGACGGUGACUGGGGGCAGCCGGAGGGGGGGUGUGGGAAGAGCAGAAUGGUCGAGACCAACCCAUAUCCGUGCCAUACCAUCCCGACAUCCAAGCCAACGGGAUCAGCAGCCGCUACAUACCCGAGAAGUCGGACAGAGACGAUACCAUCGAUUCGGUACCUAGCCCGCUCAACCUAGCAUGAGCCAAGCUUACUGCCUGCC